CCGAGAAAGAAAGAGAGUGAGAAAGAGGAGAACCAAGAGCAAGAGGGGGAGAGAGCAGACUGCCAGAGUCAUGUGCUGUCAUACUCUUCUUUUCCUCUGUAUAUUUAAACAUUUUCUUGUAAUGGACAUUUUUUCCUGUUUGUGGCGGUGAUCAAACGAGGACAAGGCACAUCCCUAGGUCUCGUGGGUGACUGGAGCUCUGGAUUUGUUCAUUCUUUAUAGCAUCCUGAAUGCAGCGUGUGCAUUGCAUUCCUCUCUCUGCCUGUGGUUUCUGUACCUGAGUCACGCGCCUUUGAGAUGGAGCCAUGAGAUUUCAAUGAAAGUGAAACAGGGGAAACAGCAUGGCAACCUGCUCAGACAAGACCACUGGUGAAAUCUUCUGAGGAUCCUCUUAGCAAAUUAACAACCGGCCUCUCCCCUCCGCUUCCAUCCGACAUGGAAACGGACCUUGGUUCUACUCCCUAAUGGACAGACUGAAACAAACCAUGGAAUAUAAGAGAAACCUCUGGACUGGUCUUAUCUACACCUAGUACUGUCUUACUAUUGAGACGCCUUUGUGGCCUCUGGGUACACUGUGUGCCUAAGGUACAGUGGAGGACUUAGAGAAGCAUACGUUCUCUACCAUGAGAAUUCCUGCUACCACAGCCUGCCUCUGCCCUUUGCUCAUCUGCCUGUGCUUUAUCCAGAAGAGCUAUGGGACGUCCCAGCUCAGGCCCAGCGUCAGAGCACAAAGUAACCAAACCAAACACCCAGACGGAGAGAGAGACGUGCACCACCGGCCCAAGAGGGGCUGGAUAUGGAACCAGUUCUUCGUUUUAGAGGAACAUAUUGGACCGGAAGCACAGCAUGUUGGAAAGCUGCACUCCAACUCAGACAAAGGAGACGGCUCCGUCAGAUACUUGCUGACGGGAGAGGGCGCUGGCACUAUAUUUGUCAUCAAUGAGGUCACAGGGGACAUCCAUGCCAGCAAGAGCCUGGACCGGGAGAAGAAGGGCCAUUAUGUCUUACAUGCCCAGGCCAUCGAUCGUUACACCAAUAGAUCUCUAGAGCCUGAGUCCGAAUUCAUUAUCAAGGUCCAGGAUGUCAACGACAACGCGCCCAAGUUUCCAGAUGGCCCAUUUGCUGCUGCUGUUCCCGAGAUGGCUGAUGUUGGCACAUCAGUGUUUCAGCUCACAGCCACAGACGCAGACGACCCCACCUAUGGGAACAGUGCCAAGAUUGUGUAUAGCAUACUACAGGGACAGCCUUACUUCUCUGUAGAUCCCAAAACCGGUGUCAUCAGGACAGCCCUAUCCAACAUGGACAGAGAGGCCAGGGAACGGUACUCUGUGGUGGUCCAAGCCAAAGACAUGGCCGGCUCGGUGGGUGGGUUGUCAGGCUCCACCACCAUCAAUGUCACACUGACAGACGUCAAUGACAAUCCUCCUAAAUUCCCCCAGAAAAACUACCAGCUGUACGUUCCAGAGUCUGCUCAGAUUGGAAAAGCUGUGGGUAAAAUUAAAGCCAACGAUGAAGAUUUGGGCGUUAAUGCAGAGAUGAGGUACAGCAUAACCAAUGCAGAGGGGAAGGCCAUGUUCUCCAUCACUACAGACACUGACCAGAAGGAAGGCAUCAUAUCACUAAGACUGCCUUUGAACUAUGAGAAGAGGAAAGUCCACACGCUUCACAUAGAAGGAGUGAACACACACCGGGACCCACGCUUCUCCCACCUGGGCGCCUUCAAAGACACCACCACCCUCCGGAUCAUCAUUGGAGACGUGGAUGAGCCGCCUGUCUUUUCCAUAGACUAUUACAUCAUGGAUGUAUACGAGAACUCCCCCGUGGGAACAGAGGUCGGCACUGUGACGGCUCAGGACCCUGACAGUACCAAAAGCCCUGUAAGGUAUUUUAUAGACCACAGUGAAGAGGAGCAGGUGUAUUUCACCAUUGGUUUGAAUAACGGGGUGAUCAAAACCACCCGGAGUCUGGACAGAGAGGAUGUGGCCUGGCACAACAUCACUGUGAUGGCAUCAGAGGUUGACAAUCCGAGUCUCGUCAGCCAUGUUCCUAUAACAAUCCAGGUGUUGGAUGUAAAUGACAACGCUCCCUACAUAGCAAGAGAUGAUGAGAUCAUUGUGUGUGAAACCUCCAGGGCAGGACAGGUGAUCCAGACAGUGAGGCCAUCAGACAAGGACAACUUUGCAAAUGGACGAUUCUCGUUUGCCCUGCCAAUUGACCUUCCAGUCAAUCCUAAUUUCACCCUGAAGGACAACGAAGACAACACUGCCAGCAUCAUGGCGCGGAGGCGUCAGUUCAGCCAAUCGGAGCAGGAUCUCUACCAACUUCCUGUGGUUGUGAAGGAUGGAGGAGAGCCUGUCCUGAGCAGCACCUCCACCCUGAACCUCCGGGUGUGUGUCUGCCAGAGAGGAGGAGGUGGCAGCAGCAGGGUGAAGGCCUGCCGAGUCCCGGCCUUCCUCUCCACAGCAGGCCUGAGCACCGGGGCCUUCAUCGCCAUUUUGCUCUGCAUCAUCAUCCUGCUGGGUAGGAGACAAGAGAGCGGGUGGAGAUGGCAUGCCAUCGUGGUGCUAUUUGUCAUCCUGCGGAGCAAAAAGGGCAAGAAGGAGCCGUUAAUCAUCUCUGAGGAGGACGUCCGGGAGAACGUGGUUACCUACGACGACGAGGGCGGGGGCGAAGAGGACACAGAGGCGUUUGACAUCGCAGCACUGCGGAACCCCGCCGGGGCGGAACGGAGGAGGCUGCGGCGGGAGGUAAGGCCGGGGACAGAGGGUUGGCUGGUGGCCUGUGGGCCCCAGAGCCCAUCCCUGGUUCUGCUGGAUACAGAGGAUAUGCACCAUGUCAUUAGACAGAAAGUGGUGGAAGCUGACAGGGACACCAGCGGGCCGCCCUAUGACUCCCUCCAGACUUACUCGUACGAGGGCCGUGGCUCUCCCACGGGGUCGGUCAGCUCUCUGGGGCUGGCCCAGGUCCUGCCCCCUGAACUCAGCUACAGUGACCUGGAGGAUUGGGUGCCGGAGGGUCACACACUGUCCAGACUGUUCGAGACAGAACUCUCUGAGACAGAACAGACCAUAGCCCUGUAAAACAUCUCUCCUCUUCAAUCCCGUUAAAGGUUAACCUAACAAUACAGAGCUAAUUUGAGUUAUACAACUUGUUUCGUUGUGGAAUUGACUGUAAUUUUACACUGGGCUCUGACAAGUGAAGUGGGGGAAAGUAUUAACAUUUUUGGAGAAAAACAAACCCCCAAAAUCCUGAAGUUGUUUAAAAAAGGAGACUAUUUUCCCUAGUGUAUAUUUUUAUUGAUAAAUAAAGGUCAAUGAUUCUGGAUAAGUGAAUUAAUAUGCAAGUUGUGUGUCAUGAUGUAUAAUGUGUCCGGUUCCAUAGGAGUUGUCUCCUUAGUACUAUUGCGGAAAGUCUCUGGGUCAGUGUUCAUAAAGUAUCUCAGAGUACGAGUACUGAUAUAUGAUCAGUUAGGUCCCCUCAGUCCAUAUUAUCAUGAUCAUUAUGAUCUAAAAGGCCAAACUGAUCUUAAAUCAGCACUCCUACUCUGAGACGCUUUCUGAAUAUGGGCACUACAACAGUAACCAACAGUCUUUCAACUCUUUCUUUAGUUAACCAAUCUAAAUUUGUGUACAGCUCCCCAAAACUACAUCAGAGGACCAGAGCAACUUUUAAUUGGGAAACAACACCAUUCUAUGAAUGAUAAUUGGAUCCAAAUGCUUUGGUGUGCAGCUUUUUAUCACUUCCCGGGGAUUUAUAAAUCAGCUGUGAAAAGGUCUUGUUUCCCGCUCAGUCUUGAUCAAUUCCCAGGAGAGCCCAGCUCCAUAAAAAAAGUAACAAGAAAUCGUUCCUUAAUGUCUUUAAUAAUAACAGGCGAUGAGGGGACUCCUAUUUGAAUUACUGGGCUAUUUUUACAAUACAAUAUUAAUCAUGGUUUCAUGUUCUUAUAAAACAGGAAUAAUGAUAAUCAAGUAAGAUCUUAUCCAUUAACUCACACUAUGUCGUAUAUAUCAUAUUGAAAUGAUAAUGUGUCAUGACACUACUUCCAUUUCAUUGAAUAUGACAAUAAGGCUUAUCAGCCCAUAAUACUAUUCCACACCCACCUACAAUAAUACACAAUAUGCUGCAUUGCAAACAUUCCUACUGUGCUGCUUAUUCACAGCAAGAUAAUUAAGGGAGAUGUGUGUGUACUUACUCCUUUGAAAACAACUGUGACCCCCCCAAGAAAAGAAUAAUUCUGUUGCCAUAAUGGUUGUUAGAUUAUGAAUAAUGCAUUACUAUAUAAUUGCAUUCUAUCUGAGAAGGAUGUUUAAAGGUUAUGGAGGGUAAAUAGCAUCUCUGCGGCCUCCACAAAUGUGAUUACUUGUCCAGUUUCUUUUACCCAUAAAGGAAACCCACCAGAUGAACUGUUAUGACAAUUUUGCUUAAACUUGUCGGAUCGUCAAAGAGCUGAUGAUAAAAGGAGAAUCCUGGUCAAUCCCAGGCAAUACAUUCUAAUACAGUAUAGAUUCCUGUAUCUUAGAGUUAGAUGAUGCUACAUACUGUA